CAAAGCUAAUCGAACGUACCGGCGUCAUACGAAAGAAUCUUGAUUACACGUGCCAGAUCUCAUAGUGUUAAAAUAAAAAAAAAGCGUAUAUACGCACUUUAAAAUAUCAGAUCUAGUAAUAAUUAAUGUUGUUUAUUUUUUAAGUUUCGUUUAAAUUAUCAUGAAACAAAAAAUGAUAUAAUUAUUUAAUUAUUACUAGCAUGACUUAAUAUUUAUCUUAACGUAAUCGCAUUUUUAAUGUUUGGUGGCGUUGAUGUUUCGAAUAUUUAGUACAAAGUUCGAUCGCUAGGUGUUAAUUAACAACACCAUCACGUGGCGCGACAUGCUUUAAUCGAUUUUUUAACAUCAACGUGGUGAUUGUAUUGUGUAUGAAGUAUUUGUUUUCGAAUAGGAAUUAAAAUAAAAUAAUGUUUCUUUUAAGUUAGAAAAAGGUAUCAAUUAUCUUUUACGAUAAAAUAAGAGAAAUCUUAUAAAUAAAUCAUAAUGGAAGAUUUUAUACAAACCAGAGCUUCGAGACAAUUAAAAAAUCCAGUUGAAGAGUUUGUCUCGGUUACUUAUAUAGCUCCCAAAAAGAAAGCAUCAAAAUCGUCGAACGAUAUUAAUGAACAAGAUAAAGUAAACAUAAAAACUGACAAUGAUGACAAGUUAUCUAAUAAAAAAGCUAAUUCACAGUUAGAUCGUAAGAAGCAACAAGAAUUAGAAAUGAAGAGAGCUAGGUACGAUGUCAUCAAGUUUGGUAUAUCCGGUUUUAAAAGUUCAAAGGCUAAAAAAGCUAAAGUUGAACUGGCUAUAAAAUUGGGUGCAAAAYCUCCCAAAAAUCCAAGUUUGAAUUAUAAAGUUUUGAAGGAUAAAAGGAAGAAAGAAGCUAAACAUAAGAACAAAGAACCGAUAUCAGGACUUAAUAAAAGUUUGAUAAAACAUAAAAGUAGGAACAAGUUCAAGAAAAAUUCGGGUAUUUUAGGAAUGUAUGGAAAAGUGCACAAAGAUGCACUUGUUAAAAAUAAGAAAUAGAUUUAUAACCAUAAACAUUUAAAAUAUCUUUUGUUAACUCAUCGUUGUCAUUACAACAUCAAUCAACUAUGCCUAACAACGUCCUCUAUAUAUUGUAUAUUAUGUAAGAAGAAUAACGAGUAAUAAAAUAAUAUUUUCAUGUA